AAAAUGUCGUCAAGUCCUUGGGACACUUACUCUCAGCAUCCCGGCCUCCCAUCAUCUCUUGAACCUUAUGGUCACCCUUUUUCAACAGACAUGCGGAGCCUGGCUGGUGGCUCUGGAGGACCUGGAAUGAGUGGAUUGAGUGGAGAUGGAGUUUUAGGUUAUCCUAAGUCUAGUGAUUUAUCUGCAAAUUUGAAUUUGGCUUCUCAGUAUGCUGCAUAUGGUUCAUCCUAU